AAGUGUCUUUUAUGUUUUCUAUUUGCAUUUUUUUUGUAACGAGUUCCUCUAUGGUGCUUUCAAGUGCCGCCUCUUAUCAAAAGUCGUUGAAUCACUUUUUUUUUUUUUUUUUUUUUUAAUAAACGGCAGUCCUCGUUUUAUUGUAAAAUAAAACCACAAAAAAUGUAACGCUUUGUUAGGGGGCGGUGAAACGAAUGCAUUUUUUUAAAAUUAUAAUUAGCAACAUCUGUGAAGGCAGCAUUCGACAUGCUAGCUCUUAACUGUCAAACACGAAGUCCUUUUAAGUCACUUUAAAUGUUCGCGCUGCCACCUAAAAAUGCUCAAACUAGCUUAAAAGGCGGCUAACAACCAUAGCAGCUGGCUUUUAGGACCAGAGGAACAAGUCGUAAACAAAGUCCCGGAACUUGACUGGAGUCGAGCAAGCGGAGUUUUUUUUUUUUUUUCUUUGUUGACAGUACGCGCUGUCAAAGCAGGUCAAGGUAGCGUGGGCUAGAAGAAGCCACUUUGUUUUUCCCCUUGAAAGCACGCGGACAUGGCGACGAGAGGGAGCUUCUCAAGUCCCGCUUUGAACCCCAUGAACGUCGGGCUGGGGUCCGGCUUGAGGAUGCCCGGGAUGCCGCCAGCUGCGGCGGGAUACCACCGCUCCGUGAGCGGCUCCCCGCAGUACCCCCAGCGUCCUGGGAUGCCUCUCGGCCGAGUAGGGGUCCCCAUGGGGGGUCAGCACCCCGGCCCGUCGUACGGCGGCGGCAGUGUUCCCAUGCGGCCCAACAUGGGUCCUCCGUCAGCGGCGGAGGCCUCGAGGAAACGUUUAUUUCAUCACCAGCAGCAGCCAGAAAUGCUGGGAGGUCAUCGGCGAAGCGUGAAACGACGCAGGAUGGCCGACAAGGUUCUCCCGCAGAGAAUCCGUGACCUGGUGCCCGAGUCUCAGGCCUACAUGGACCUCUUAGCUUUUGAGAGGAAACUGGACCAGACCAUCGCCCGCAAGCGCAUGGAGAUACAGGAAGCCAUCAAGAAGCCCAUUAUGCAAAAGCGCAAGCUGAGGAUCUACAUUUCUAACACGUACACGCCGUGCAAACCCGAGGGCGACGACGCCGAGAAAGUGUCCUCGUGGGAGCUGCGCGUGGAGGGAAAACUUCUAGAAGAACCUGGCAAGCAGAAGCGGAAGUUCUCCUCUUUCUUCAAGAGUUUGGUGAUCGAGCUGGAUAAGGAGUUGUACGGACCCGACAACCACUUAGUGGAGUGGCACCGAAUGCCUACCACUCAGGAGACGGACGGUUUCCAGGUCAAACGUCCCGGCGACGUCAAUGUCAAAUGCACCCUUCUGCUCAUGCUGGACCACCAGCCUCCUCAGUACAAACUGGAUCUGCGUCUGGCCCGUCUGCUGGGCGUGCACACGCAGACGCGGGCCAACAUCAUGCAGGCGCUUUGGCUCUACAUCAAGAACAACAAGCUGCAAGACAGCCAUGAGAAGGAGUACAUCAAUUGCAAUCACUACUUCAAAAAGAUAUUCGGCUGCCUUCGUAUGAGGUUCUCGGAGAUUUCCAUUAAGCUUGCCGGGCUGCUGCAGCACCCCGACCCCAUCGUGAUCAAUCACAUGAUCAGCGUGGACCCGAACGACCAGAAAAAAACUGCAUGCUAUGACAUUGACGUGGAAGUGGACGACCCGCUCAAAAGCCAGAUGAGCAGCUUCCUUUCGUCCACUGUCAACCAGCAGGAGAUCGCCGCGCUGGAGACUAAGAUCCACGAGACCAUCGAGUACAUCAACCAGCUGAAAACCGAGCGUGAUUUUAUGCUGAGCUUCAGCAACAAUCCCCAAGACUUUAUCCAGGACUGGCUUGAGUCUCAGAGCAGAGAUCUGAAGGUGAUGACGGACAUUACGGGAAAUCCGGAAGAAGAGCGCCGAACCGAGUUCUAUCAAGCGCCGUGGAUGCCCGAAGCUGUCAGCAGAUACGUUUAUUCCAAAGUGCAGCAGAGAAGGCAAGAACUGGAGCAGGUUCUUGGGAUUAGACUAACAUAAAUAUAAUUCAAUGGAAUUUUUUUUUUUUUUUGUAAUUUUUUUUUUUUUUUUUACAAAAUCCAGUUGAUGGUAGUGUGUGUCUUAGCAUCAUAAAAAAAAACUACAUUUGAAAGCCAUUUUGUUUUGACAUAAGAGCCUUUUUGGGAAAAUAAUGUGCAAAAUUGUGAAUGUAUAUGCUAAAAAAAAAACAAAAAAUACUUUUCUAUGUUGAAUUAUUGUUCCUAACUCAUCGGCUGCCAUUGACAGCGAUGGACGUCAAAUUUAAUUUUCAAAUCUGAUUUGAAACAUGCUGAUUCGAUGUCUGCCAUCCCAGUCCAUGUGUAUUUUGAUGUCUAUUGCUCUCAUUGGCAGUGAAUGAGAUCAUUCUUUGUUUACAUUCUGUAUGCCAAUACUGCCUGAUUUUUUUUUUAAUGAUGUUUUUUAGCGUUUGUUUUUCUUGAAACAUUCCAAGUGCCAAACUGUUUAAAUCCAUCGUAUGCGGGUUUAUGUACUAGCAAGAUCGGUGUGUGUAUAUAAUUAUAUAACAGACUAAUAUGGUACGGAUAUAGUACCAGUACCAGGGUAUUAUGGUACCAGUAUCAGUGUAGUAUGGUGCCAGGGACAUUUUUUUUCACAAAAUAAUUUGUGUUUGUAAAAAAUAAUUUGUGCUCGUAAAUGAAAUUGUGCCUACGCAAAAAAAAAUGUGCUCACAUAAAAUAAUUUUCGUGUUGGCAAAAAUACACUUAAAUUUUUUAAAUAACUUUUUGUGCUUGCAAAAACAUUUUUUUUGCAUGAUUUUUUUUUUUUUAUACAUUUGCAAAAUUAUUUUGUGAGAAAUUUUUUUUUUUUUUGGGGGGGGGGGGGUGUACAAUAUAUAUUGUUUUAAGAUCUCACAUUAUUUUUUACAAACUCUUUUAAUUUCUAAGUUACCAAAACAUGCCAAUUCCAGCAAGGUUCUGCUGGAUUUGUUGUGCUUUGGUACUGGAUUGUACUUGGCCAAAGUCAGGCAGGCUUGCUAGGCUACUGUUUUUGCUGGUAUAGAAACCAACAUAUGCUGGAUUAUUAAGCGGGGAUGCUAACUGUAAACUUCCAUUAUUGGUUGGUAAGAUUUAAAUAUUUGCAUGUUGUGUUAACUUUCAGGAACGAUUAUCAUUUUUGAAACAUGAUUUUACCCCAAAUAAACAU